UCUCAGUGUCUCUGCGGCUCUGUGGCUGUGUUCUGGUUUUAAUCGGAUCCUCAUGAAGCUGCAGCUCCGGGAAACUUUCUCACUCUCACCGGGGAAUAAAGUCACUGAGACGGACCCGCUGCCCGGCUCCCCCCGCUCCUCCAGACCCGGAGCACCGACCGCCGGAGGGCCGCGAACCCGGGCCCGGGCUCGGGAGGUUGGGCUCGUGCGCUCCGAGGCUCCGCUGGAUGGAAGCUUGACGCACGGUUUCCUCUGGUUGGAGCCGCGAUGGAAGCGGAGGAACCGGCCUGUUCUCCGGGGAUGUGACCGAGGAUCGAGCCUCUCUGUCGACGCUGAAAAGAGAAACUAAAGAUCUGCUGCGAUUUCUCACCGCGACUGCACAUGUGAGUUUCAUCCAGCAGGAGGCGUGAGGAUCGCAAACUUUUGUUUCCCUGAAUUUGUUCAUUUUUUUGGUUCAUUUCUUUUUCCAAGAUGUCCGACAGUGAGAGGAAACUUUUCUUGCAGGAUUUUAUUGGUGAGAAAUAUGAAUCGAGGCCGAGGAGGUCGCAGGAGACGGUCGGCUGACGAGUAGACCGGAGGAAUCCAACAUUACAAACGUUUCUUUUUCUGGAUGUUGUUUACUUUCUCCUGCCUGGACAACGUCAUAGAUAGCUGCCAAUGUCGUCCGACAACAGCCCGCCGCCACCGCCGCCGGCCUCACCCCGCGCUUUCGCCACCCUCCCUCAGCACACGGCCCCGCCCACUCCUUCGCCGUCACCCAGCCCGCCCGCCACCCUCUGCGGCCGCCUGUCCAAUGGCAGCCUGACGGUCCCCAGCCGCACCAACUCACGGGGCUCCAUCCAAGGCGUCUCCUUCCUGCUGCAGAUCGGACUCACCCGGGAGACGGUGACCCUCGACCCUGGAGACCACUCCCUCCCCGCCGUCAGAGAGCUCGUCUGCUCCAUCGUGGAUCAGAAGUUCCCAGAAUGUGGAUUCUUCGGGAUGUACGACAAGAUCCUGCUCUUCCGUCACGACCUGAGCUCGGACAACAUCCUGCAGCGGCUGACGUCUGCAGAGGACAUCCACGAGGGCGACCUGGUGGAGGUGGUGCUCUCCGCUCUCGCCACGGCCGAGGAUUUCCAGAUCCGUCCUCACGCGCUGUACGUUCACUCCUACAAGGCGCCGGCGUUCUGCGACGACUGCGGGGAGAUGCUGUGGGGGCUCGUCCGACAGGGCCUCAAGUGUGAAGGAUGUGGACUGAACUACCACAAACGAUGUGCGUUCAAGAUCCCCAACAACUGCAGCGGCGUGAAGAAGAGGCGCCUGUCCAACGUGUCUCUGCCGGGCUCCGUCAUGUCCAUCGCCCGUCCGCCUUCCACGGAGUUCAUACCGGCGCCGCAGGAGGAGCAACGCCCCCUCCUGGGCGCCGCGAAGCGUAACUCCCUGCUCAGCGGUCGUCCCAUCUGGAUGGAGAAGAUGGUCCUGGGCCGGGUCAAAGUCCCUCACACCUUCUCCGUGCACACGUACACUCGUCCCACCAUCUGCCAGUUCUGCAAACGGCUGCUGAAGGGACUCUUCCGCCAGGGGAUGCAGUGCAAGGAUUGUAAAUUUAACUGCCACAAGAGAUGUGCAGCCAAAGUUCCUCGAGACUGUCUGGGCGAGGUCGACUUUAACGGAGAACCGGCCAGUCCCAGUCUGGACUCCGAGGCGACGAUGGAGGUGGACAACUGCGACGUGAACAGCGACGGAGGUCAGAGCAUGGACGACCAGGACGAGUCCACCCCUGAGGACAAGCUCUUCUUCGAGGGGCCGUGCACGGACGGCGAGAAAGACGACGAGACGCUCAGAGCCAUCAGCCCGUGCACCAGCAGUAACAUCCCCCUGAUGCGAGUGGUUCAGUCCAUCAAACACACGAAGCGGACCGGCUCCACGGUGGUGAAAGAGGGGUGGAUGGUUCACUUCACCAGCCGCGACAACCUGAGGAAGAGACAUUACUGGAGGCUGGACACCAAGAGUCUGACGCUGUUUCAGAAUGAAAGCGGAGCCAAGUUUUACAAGGAGAUCCCGCUGUCCGAGAUCCUGCAGGUGGAGCCGGCGAAGGACUUCAGCGGCCUGCCCCCGGGCAGCAACCCGCACUGCUUCGAGGUGACCACGGCCAACAUGGUGUACUACGUCGGGGAGAACAACGGCGGCCUGUACCACAACCCCGUCCUGGCGGCGUCCGGUGUGGGACGGGACGUGGGCCAGAGCUGGGAGAAGGCGAUCCGUCACGCGCUGAUGCCCGUCACGCCCAAGGCCAGCGUCGGCACCGGCCCCGGCAAAGGGAAGGACCACAAGGAAAUUUCCAUCAGCAUAUCAGUGUCCAACUCCCAGAUACAAGAAAAUGUGGAUAUCAGUUCAGUUUAUCAGAUCUUCGCAGACGACGUCCUCGGCUCCGGACAGUUUGGGAUCGUUUACGGAGGAAAACACAGGAAGAGCGGCAGAGAUGUCGCGAUCAAAAUCAUCGACAAAAUGAGGUUUCCCACCAAACAGGAGAGUCAGCUGAGGAACGAGGUGGCCAUUCUCCAGAACCUCCAACAUCGCGGUAUCGUCAACCUGGAGUGCAUGUUCGAGACGCCUGAACGGGUGUUCGUCGUCAUGGAGAAGCUCCACGGCGACAUGCUGGAGAUGAUCUUAUCCAGCGAGAAGAGUCGCCUCCCUGAACGUCUCACCAAGUUCCUGGUCACACAGAUCCUCGUGGCCCUCAGACAUCUUCACUUCAAGAACAUCGUCCACUGUGACCUGAAGCCCGAGAACGUCCUCCUGGCCUCAGCAGAACCGUUUCCUCAGGUGAAACUCUGUGACUUCGGCUUCGCUCGCAUCAUCGGGGAGAAGUCUUUCCGUCGCUCCGUGGUCGGCACUCCGGCUUAUUUGGCGCCGGAGGUUCUUCGCAGCAAAGGCUACAAUCGAUCCCUGGACAUGUGGUCGGUCGGCGUUAUCGUCUACGUCAGCCUGAGCGGAACGUUUCCCUUCAACGAAGACGAGGAGAUCGACCACCAGAUCCAGAACGCUGCCUUCAUGUACCCGCCCAACCCCUGGAGGGACAUCUCCGAGCCGGCCACAGACCUGAUCAACAACCUGCUGCAGGUGAAGAUGAGGAAGCGCUACAGCGUGGACAAGUCGCUGAGUCACCCCUGGCUGCAGGACUACCGGACCUGGCUCGACCUCAGGGAGUUCGAGACGAAGCGAGGCGAGCGCUACAUCACCCACGACAGCGACGACGCCCGCUGGGAGGAGCACGCCGACGAGAGCGGGCUGCACUACCCCAAACACUUCAUCAUGUCACCGAACCUGGCCGACAUGGAGGAGGACCCCUAGUGGCGGCAAGAGGGUGGACACUCCCCCAGUGGACAGCUGUCGGCAUGGCAGCACGGGACAGUGUGGCGAUGAGGACGCGCUGGGCAGGUACACGAUGGUGAGAAUCAGCUCCGGAGGAAUUUUCCAAUGAAUUUUCAUCUUUUUCCAAUUUUUUUUUUACAAACUAUAAGAAACAUCCUGAGAACUGAAAUCUGAAGAUUUUAAAUAACGGUCUUUUCUGCCUGUUGAGCCACAAAACGGCUCAAUUAACGACCCAGAGACUUUAUGAUCGGACACAAUGUUUUUACUACUCAUGAAGCUGUUUCACACGUUUACUUCAACAAACUCAGAAGAAACUAAAAUGUCCAAGAAAUUGUGACUUUAAUGUUUUGUUUAUUUUUUUUGUUCUUUGCACUUUUGGGGGAAAUGAGAAAAAAAAACAAGAAAUUAACUUUUGGUUUGUUCCAAUAUUAUAAACAUUUUCUCGAGUUUCCGAAGAUUUUUGAUUUGUUUAAUAAGUGAUGAGUCGUUACUAUUUUGCAGAAAAACAAAUCAAUAGUGAUUUUCCAAAUGAUUUUUUCUGAAACCUCUGACGAAGACGAGCUGAGAAUCGAGCUGCUAUCGUCUUUAUGUCUGAGAAGGAAACAACUCUCGAGCGUCACUGAUCCGGAUCUGACUCCAGCCUGAGAAUUUAUUUCACGUUUUAUAUUUUUGAAAGAAACUUUGUGUCAUGUGGAGGAUUUUUGAUGAGAAAAUAUUAAAGUCAAAACUUUUAAAACUGACCCUGAGAAACAGAUUUUAAAUCAUCGUCUUCAGUUUCUUCAGCUCAAUAAAAUCCUGUAAUUUCUUCCAAAUGUUUGAGUCGGACUCAUCAAAUUAAAAAAAGCAGGAUGUUUGGAAACGAUCUCUUAAUUAAGCAGAUCCUGAACUCGAGCGGCUCGCUCUGCCGCCGCUCUGCAGGACGGCUGCUUGUUUUGGCAGCGGCGCCCCCCCACCACGUGUAACUGAAGCUUUUAAUUGCUACCGGAGGAGCUCGCUGUGAAUGGCUGCCGUACAACUGGCAGCUCAGCUAACCGCUUCAAGAUGUGGACAGAGGCCGGCGGCGCCGCGAGGCGACGUGCGGGCGGUGGAAAGAGAUCCUCCCGCAGCGGGACGACCUUUGACCUGAUGCAGAGUCACAGUUUACUGCUGCGGCUCGAUAUCGGGCGUCAGUUUGAGUUUGAACACGACUUCAAAGUUGUAGAAUUUGAACGAUUGUUCGGAAUUUGAAAAUAAAAAGUGGCUCCUUCGCAUGAUUAAAGAAUAAGGAAAUAUAA